AUGUCGAGAGCUUCCGCGAAAUCGUCAAAGAGCUCGGCGGAGACUUUCAGGUAAGGUCUACUAUGUCUUUAUCGCCAUUUUCAGCCAUGCUUCAUCGGGCGAAGCCUUGGAUGUCUAUCGAAACGCGGAGGGGAAAUUGGAGAAGACCCAUGGAAUGCAUUGGCUGACAACCGGGAUUUUCUUGACUGGCGAGCUAGCUGGCGCUGGAGUAAUUGCCCUCCCGUUGGCUGUCAGGAAUCAAGGUGUGGAUUUUGCAAAAAAAAAUUUUUUAUUUUUAUAAUUUUUGUUUUUUAUUUUAUUUUUUUUUUAAUUUUUAGGUUUUUACUAUGGAAUGGUGGCCGCAGUAGUUCUGCUGCUGAUGUGCGCUUACACGUCGAUAAUCUUGGGAAGGUCUUGGAUGAUCUUGCUGAAACAUUGGCCAGCCUAUCAUUCCCAUUGCAAGAAUCCGUACGCUGAGAUUGGAAAGCGCGCCAUGGGACGGUAUAUGAAGUAAGUAUGGGGUAAUUUAGCCUAAUUUCUGUUUUUUAGCAAUUCUCUAUGGGUCUAUGUUUUUUGCAUAGAAAUAAAAAUGCUUUUUCUUAGCUUAAACUUAUUUUUAGAAAAAAUGAUUUUUUUCAUAGAAAAAAACGUUUUUAUUUUAGAAAACAAUGGUUUUUCCUUAGAAAGUGCAAUUUUUAGUAAAUUGAUGUAUAAUAAUAACAAAAAUUGAUUUCAAACAGUAACUAGUAGUAAAUUUUGUUAAGUAAUGGGGUAAAAUAGUAAGAGUAGUAACUUUUUUAAUGAAUAUUUGGUACUGGGAUAUUCGAUGGUUCUGAUUUCGAAAAAAUAGCUUGUUUUUUGUGAUUUUGACUUUUUUCUUAAGUAGUACUGUAAAUUAGUAACAAUUUGUAUUGUUUAUGCCUCAAUGUCGGUUGAAAUCGAUUUCUUGCUCAUACUUGGGUUUACCCUUAUAUAACUUCAAACAAAUUCUGACGAACCAGAAGGAAUAUUCAAUUAAACAAUUCAACAAUUAAUCAAAAAAUUCAAAAUUGAUACUAACUUACAGUACUACUUAAGAAAAAAGUCAAAAUCACAAAAAAACGAACUAUGUUUUCGAAAUCAGCACCAUUGUUUUUGAGCAAAAAAUAAACUUGAAACAGAAUGCCAAAAAUUGGCGGAAAAUGAAAAUUCAAAAAUUUUUAUCGGAAUUUUUUCUCUUUUCUUUUAUACCGACAUAAAAAAAUGUUUUAUAGACAAUUUUUGGCAAAAAAUCAGCUUAAAACGGAAUGCCAAAAAUUGGCGGGAAAAUGAAAAUUCAAAAUUGUUGACCUAAUUUUUACUCAUUUCUCUUCUUCCGACGGAAAAAAUAUUUCAUAGACUAUUUUGGACUAAAAAAUCAGCUUAAAACAGAAUGCCAAAAAUUGGCGGGAAAAUGAAAAUUCAAAAUUUUUGACCUAAUUUUUACUCAUUUCUCUUCUUCCGACAUAAAAAAUGUUUUAUAGACAGUUUUUGGCAAAAAAAUCAGCAUGAAACAGAAUGCCAAAAAUUGACGGGAAAUGAAAAUUCAAAAUUUUUGAUCUCUAUUUUCGCUUAUUUUUCUAUACCGACGUGCAAAAAUGUUUUAUAAACAAUUUUCGGCUAAAAAAUCAUCUUGAAACAGAAUGCCAAAAUCCCCGCGAAAACAAAAAUUCAAAUUUUUUUUCAGAAAUUUUGUCGAAAUUGUCCUAAACUAUGGAAUGUUCGCCGUGGGUGCAUUGCUGAUCGUGAUUGUGGCAAAGGGAGUGGGAGAUAUGAUCAAAGCCUUCACCGAGACCAACUUCUCCUACUGUUACAACGUCCUCAUCGUAUCUCUGAUCAUCUUGCCCAGUUUCUAUUUACGCUCCCCGGAGAACUUCCAGUAAGUCUUUAUGUCCUUUUUUGGGACUAAAAAUUCUUUCCAGCUGGAUUAUUAACGCCGGGAUGGUCUGCACUGUGGUGGCCAUCAUCCUGGCUAUGAUCGGAAUCGUCAAAGAUGCAUUUUUAUGUGAUUUGGGAAUAAAAGAGGUGGAAUUGACCCCGCUGAGGGUGGCUGGCGGAUUUGGGACGCUCUUUUUUGCCUAUGGAGGCCAUGCCGUCUUCCCCAGCGUCCAGCAUGAUAUGAAAAAACCUUAUUUGUUUUCUAGAAGUUCCAAUCUGGCGUACACUUGUAAGUUUAGGAGUAUUUCUUUUUCAAAUCAAAAAAUUUUUUUGGGAAAAAUUUAUAAUUUAUAAGUUUUAGGUAUUUCGAAACUUUUAGUUUUGAUUUGAAGUCAUUUCGACCUUUCAAAAGGCUUUUGAAAGAAAUUAGCGACCGUCUCCCAUGUGGUCUAGUGGUUAGGAUUCGUGGCUUUCACCCACGCGGCCCGGGUUCGAUUCCCGGCAUGGGAAGAAAAUGUUUUUUAGAUUUUAUAUAUUUUUGAAGCUAAAAAAGAUACUGUAAUCAAAAUUUCUUAAUGGCGCUCUAAAUGGCUUGAACGCUAGGAAUAGAAAGCCAAAUUUUGAUUUUGUAAAUAGUAAGCCAGUUUUUCGAUAAAGAAUUUUUUAAAAUCAAUUGGCAAGGCUAUGAAAAUCACCCAAAAUUUAAUCAAAUCAAAGAAAUCGCAAUUUAUUUUUUUGAUGUUUUGAGUAAAUCCAUAUUCGAAAUUGUUUGUAAUCCAGACUAAAUGAUCUGACAGAAGCUUUGGAGUAAAAUAAACCCAGUUUAUAUUUCAAUUUUCACCACAAAUACCCUCUUUCAGUGGUCGCCCUGAUGUACUUCCCGUUGAUGAUAGCCGCCAAUUACGUCUACGGCGACAACAUCCAGCCCUCGAUCAUCAACAACAUCAACACGGUGUGGAUCCAGCAGUCCGUCAACAUUCUCAUUUUUCUGCACUGUGCACUCACCGUGGUGCUGGUGAUGAACCCCAUAAAUCAGCAGAUUGAGCAUUUUGGCGGAGCUCCUCCCGAGUUCAGCGCGCGCAGAGUGUUCUACAGGACGCUGGUCAUGUUGGCGGCCGUCUUUCUGGCCGAAUCUUUCCCCAAUUUUGGGCCUUUGAUCGACUUAAUGGGCGCUACGGUGUUCACCAUGACUUCGUAUAUAUUCCCAAUUGCGUUUUAUUUGUACUUGAAUGCUAUUGACAAGAUAUUUGAUGAGAUGACGAAAAAUGGAGAGGAAAUUCCGACGGAGAAUGGAGAAAAGACCCUCAAAAUUGGGUUUUAUGAGUAAGUUGGGGUAAAAAUAAGGUUGGAAAUGGUUCCAAUGAUUGGGAAUAUGAAAGUAGAGCCAUUUAAAUUACAUCUACCAUCAUGACUCAUCCUAUUUCUUACCAAAACCAGUAAAAAAUAUAUGAAAACCACUAUUUUUUUAACAAUUUUGUUAAAAUUUCCAUUUUUUCUGUUUAAAAAUCCGUAUUUUAGAGGCGAAAAAUUUAUAAACGCUACCUGACUUAUGUUUAAAACCAUCUUGAAAAUAUGAACAAAAAGUUUUCUCAAAAAAAAAAUCUUUUCUUCCCAUGCCGGGAAUCGAACCCGGGCCGCGUGGGUGAAAGCCACGAAUCCUAACCACUAGACCACAUGGGACACACCUCGCGUUCGCUUUCAAAACCCUUUUGAAAAGUGGGAAUGGGCUGGAAUAGCGAGGGAAAUGGCACAAAAUAUCUGUUUUGUCAUACUGUAGUUACCAAAAAAUAUUUUUUUUCGUGGUUUAGAGUUUUUUGCCAUCUAAUUUACAUAAUGUUUUAUUAAACUCAUAUUAAAAUUAUUUUUCAGAGCCUGCAAAUACGCGAGUUCGUUGGAUUUGGCGUACUGUUGUGCAAUCUACAGUAAGUUUUUUUGACAAAAAUUGUGAAAAAAAAUUUUUUUUGAACUGAUUUUUUGAGGCAUCUUAAAAUCAAAAAUAUUUGAAAAAAGAUUUUUCUAAAAUUUCUCCUUCAGUUGUGGCAGUCCUGGUCUUCUUUUCGGCCACAACCUCCGCCAUCGAGGCGCUCAGCUAUUCCCAGUUCCUGACCCCUUGCUAUUUGAAGUUUAUUUGGCCAUGGCCGGUGGAAAGCCUCACAACGUCGGCGUUGGCCUGCUGCGGGGACUACCACAACCUCUCUCUGCAGCAUUGCUAUUCUUUGUUUGAUUGA